CUGGAACGCACCGUUAUAUCCCCACAGCGGCGGACGGAGCUCCUCAAAACCGCUGGUUCUUCUUACAGAGCAGUUCCGAAAAAAAGCCCCACAGAGCUGAAACAUGUUUCUACGCUACCUGCUCGUCGUUGUUCUCUCUGGGGUUGUCACCGAAGCUAUAGAAACAACAAUGCAGCCACCUCUUACCACAACUAUUUCCAGUGCUACAGCCACAAGAGCUGUGACAGCUGUGACAUCCUCAGCCCCUUCCCUGGACGCAAUCACUGCAGAGACAGUCAACAGUACUGAGAAGAUCACCACCCUCCUGACCAACCCUCCGACAGCUCCAAUCACUGGGGAUACCACAUGGACAGCGGGCCUGGAGACGAAAAGCUUACCUUCUAGCCAGAUUCCAAAGGAAACUGCUGCUACUACUGCAACUCCUCCGCCCCACAACACACCAUUCUCUCCAACAAGCAAUGCUAUGACUCCAAUUGUUCCGAUAACACCUACAACCAAUGACCAAACUACACAAGUUAUAAACACAAGCAGCAACACAGCUACAGAUGUGCACAUGACAUCAACAAGCGACAAGACGACCACGCAAGUUCCGACUACGGCGAUUAGCGGCAACACAGCUACAGAUGUGCACAUGACAUCAACAAGCGACAAGAUGACCACGCAAGUCCCGACUACGGCGAUUAGCGGCAACGCAGCUACAGAUGUGCACAUGACAUCAACAAACGACAAGACGACCACGCAAGUUCCGACUACGGCGAUUAGCGGCAACACAGCUACAGAUGUGCACAUGACAUCAACAAACGACAAGACGACCACGCAAGUUCCGACUACGGCGAUUAGCGGCAACACAGCUACAGAUGUGCACAUGACAUCAACAAACAACAAGACGACCACGCAAGUUCCGACUACGGCAAUUAGCGGCAACACAGCUACAGAUGUGCACAUGACAUCAACAAACGACAAGACGACCACGCAAGUUCCGACUACGGCAAUUAGCGGCAACACAGCUACAGAUGUGCACAUGACAUCAACAAACGACAAGACGACCACGCAAGUUCCGACUACGGCGAUUAGCGGCAACACAGCUACAGAUGUGCACAUGACAUCAACAAACAACAAGACGACCACGCAAGUUCCGACUACGGCGAUUAGCGGCAACACAGCUACAAAUGUGCACAUGACAUCAACAAACAACAAGACGACCACGCAAGUUCCGACUACGGCGAUUAGUGGCAACACAGCUACAGAUGUGCACAUGACAUCAACAAGCGACAAGACGACCACACAAGUUCCGACUACGGCAAUUAGCGGCAACACAGCUACAGAUGUGCACAUGACAUCAACAAACAACAAGACGACCACGCAAGUUCCGACUACGGCGAUUAGCGGCAACACAGCUACAGAUGUGCACAUGACAUCAACAAACAACAAGACGACCACGCAAGUUCCGACUACGGCGAUUAGCGGCAACACAGCUACAGAUGUGCACAUGACAUCAACAAACAACAAGACGACCACGCAAGUUCCGACUACGGCGAUUAGCGGCAACACAGCUACAGAUGUGCACAUGUCAUCAACAAGCGACAAGACGACCACGCAAGUUCCGACUACGGCGAUUAGCGGCAACACAGCUACAAAUGUGCACAUGACAUCAACAAACAACAAGACGACCACGCAAGUUCUGACUACGGCGAUUAGUGGCAACACAGCUACAGAUGUGCACAUGACAUCAACAAGCGACAAGACGACCACACAAGUUCCGACUACGGCAAUUAGCGGCAACACAGCUACAGAUGUGCACAUGACAUCAACAAACAACAAGACGACCACGCAAGUUCCGACUACGGCGAUUAGCGGCAACACAGCUACAGAUGUGCACAUGACAUCAACAAACGACAAGACGACCACGCAAGUUCCGACUACGGCGAUUAGCGGCAACACAGCUACAGAUGUGCACAUGACAUCAACAAGCGACAAGACGACCACGCAAGUUCCGACUACGGCGAUUAGCGGCAACACAGCUACAGAUGUGCACAUGACAUCAACAAACAACAAGACGACCACGCAAGUUCCGACUACGGCGAUUAGCGGCAACACAGCUACAGAUGUGCACAUGACAUCAACAAGCGACAAGACGACCACGCAAGUUCCGACUACGGCGAUAAGCGGCAACACAGCUACACAAGUUUCAAUUACAGCCACGGGUGACCACACAACUACAAAUGAUCCGACCACACUGACAAGCAACGACACAACUACAAUGGUUCCGAUCACACCGACAAAUAAUGGCAUGACAACAAAUGUGCCAAUUUCAUCAACAGACAACCACACAACUAUGGGUAUGACGAGUACACAAGGCAAUGAUACAGCAAAGCCAACUGAAAACAACUACACCACUUUAAAAGUGUCAACGACACCCAUAACCAACGAAGAAACUACGAGCGCACAUGUCACAAUCACAAACAAUGACACAAUGACAACUAUAAGUUCAGCUACCUCAAAACAAAACAUUACCACACUAACGACCUCUGCUGACACCUCCGAGACUCCUGACUCAACCACCAUCACUGAAAGAACAACACUCACAGUGGGACCCCCAUCCUCUUCACCCACCUCCAGCCCUCCUCCUUCUAGCACCUUCCCAGACAGUAGCAAUACUCCGACUGAAGCUGAAACCACUACUACUACUCUUCUAACAACAAACUCACCACUGAACACCCCUCUGAGCACCAAAACCCCAACCACCACCGGUGGUACCACAGAGAUUGUCACCACUCUUCUAACAACAGGCAGAACCACCACCACCAGCAGCUCCAGCACCGAGGCUCUGCCUCCUGUCAUUGUGUGUCCUUCAGUCCCAUGUCCUGUUCAAAGCGUCUGCCUCAAUGGCACUUGCCAGUGUCUCUCUGGCAACUACUUACAAGAUGGACAUUGUGUUCCUGCACAAGUAUUCCCAUGCAUGCUUCAUUUCAAGUUGAUCACAUUUCAUGAUCAAAUGAGUGACAGAUCCUCCAGGAUCUUUCAGAGUACAGCAGCAAAUAUCUCAGCAGCGCUCAGAAAUGUCCUCAAAAAUGUGUCUGGUUAUCGACAGUCAGAGGUUGCUCAACUCAAACAGGGAAGUGUGAUAGCAAGCGUAAAUAACAUCUUUGAAAACAGCAAUGCCACUCAAGAAUGUGUUGAUAACGUCAUUGAAGGUGCUGUAAGAAACUUCACAGGAGAUUUUGCUGGUGCCACAUACACAGGCAAGAACUGGCUCCAUGCUUUGCCUUUCCUAAAACAAAGACAUGAAGGCUACAUUACUUCAGAUUAUUUUCUUAAAAUUUUCUUUUAA